AUGGCGGUGGCGGCGCUGCGGCCGCGGGUGGCGGCGCUGGGCCGGCGGCUCGGGGCGCCCGGGGCCCGCGAUACCUUCUUAGCGAAAGGCUCUGCUAGUCUGGACAAGUUGAAAGACCUCUGCAACGAAGGGAAAGAACAUCCUUCCACGCUUUUUCAGCUUUAUACCCAGGCUGUCCUAGAUAUUACAUAUUUUGAGGAAAACCAGCUUGUGGAUGAAGAUUUCCCAGAAGAAUCUUCCUUGCAAAAACUUAAAGAACUUAUUUGUGUUCUUUCAGAACCAGAAGACCUAGUGAGGGAAUGCAGCAUAAAAGAAGAACCCAUCAACAUCCUUGGUGCAGAGCUGUUAGAAUGUCUUUACUGGAGAAAAGGAGCCCUGCUUUACAUGUAUUGCCACACAGCAAAAGAAAGAAGUGAAUGGCUACAAGAAAACAUUGCCACAUUUAAAAAGUGUCUUAAUGAUGGAGUUCAUUACUUGAUGAAGAUGCUUAGCUUUAGAUGCCCUCUUCAGCUAGAUGAAGAUGUUUCACUUCAAGAUAAAGACACAGCUAGAUUACUCAGUGAAGGUAUAUUUAGUGACACUCACUUACUGGCAAUGAUGUACAGCGGAGAAAUGUGCUAUUGGGGAUUGAAACACGGUGGAGGAGGCAAGCAGGAAAGCCUUGAGUCAAUAGAUCCUGUGUCUAACAGUGAACUGGGCAGCAGUUCACAGAGCAUAUCGCUGGAUUUCGAAGAAACAGGGAGAAACAUGUUAACAAAGUAUGUCGCCGUAUGUGAGGGACCGUUGAAAGGUCAAGGGUGGAACACAACAACUGCGAAACAAAUGCUGCAUUACUUUGUGGAAUCCCACAGCUAAGAUCCCCUGCGUUGUCUGUGCUGGAAGAAAACCUGUGCCCGUGAGAGCACACUCUUCCGUGACUGACUUCUUUUUCUUUUUCCAACGGAAAUGUAUACUUCUGUUGCAUUAAAAACACGCAUUCCAAGGCGCCCCGGACUGCGGUCCGAAGUGCAGUGCCGUGUCGGGGUGAGGGUGCGGAGGCCGG